UCUUGCCCCGCGGCCAUGUCGUCACCUCAAGCCGACUACUCGCACACAGCAGACAGCCCACGAAGGGCCCGAAGGCAUCGCCGCAGCGAGCGCCGCAUGUUGUUUUCGUCGCCGAGUGCUGUGCGAGGUCGUGGCGCAAGCGUCAAACCCAAUGUCGAGCUUCUUAACGAGGAGCUGGCGGUCGAGACCGAGCUGGAGACCGCCACAGAGGCAUCGUUUGUGGCGCUUGUUGACAGCCUCCGCAACGAAGCUGACGUGGUGGCUGCCGAUGCGUGGCGAUUCGAGCAUGUCGCGCUCCCGUUCUGAUGCUGGCAUGUCGUUGCCUUCUGUUUACCGGCACCGCGGCCACUUCACCUCGUCCCAACAUCGAUCACAGCAGCCAGACUACGCCUUGGCCGCGCCCAUGAGCUGCGAGAAUUGCUCCAGCGAGAGCGAGCCGCCAGGCGCCACAUCGAUGUCCUUGAUCAGCUCGCCAAACUCCUUGUCG